GUAAGUUCAGUGGAACUGGUUCCUGGGGACCUUGUCGAUAUUGCUAAUGUACACACUGUUCCAUGUGAUGCUAUGCUUGUGUCAGGAGAUUGUAUCCUGAAUGAAUCUAUGCUUACAGGAGAAUCAGUACCUGUGUCCAAGGCCCCCAUUACUGAUGUUACACUUCGUAAGAUGAACUUGUCUUGCUCAGGCAUACCAGCAGAGAUUUCAAAGCAUUUCUUGUUUAUGGGCACUAAAAUGGUCCGUGUUCGAGGAGGUGAUAAUGUGUCGCUAGCCACUGCCAUUGUUGUUCGAACUGGAUUCAAUACAGCUAAAGGUGCUCUUGUGAGAUCCAUGUUGUUUCCUAAGCCCAAUAGCUUCAAGUUUUAUAGAGAUUCAUUUAGAUUUAUUGGUGUCUUGUCUAUUAUUGCAUUGGUUGGCUUCCUUAUCUCUUCUGUCAAUUUCAUUCGUCUAGGUAUCGAUACAACAACCAUGAUUUUGCGUGCUCUUGAUUUGAUUACCAUUGUUGUCCCUCCUGCACUUCCUGCCACUCUUUCUAUUGGUACAAGUUUUGCUAUUGGAAGACUGAAGAAACUAGGCAUCUUUUGUAUUUCUCCACCACGAGUUAAUAUUGGAGGUAAAAUUGACUGUAUGUGCUUUGACAAGACAGGUACUUUGACUGAAGAUGGAUUGGAUAUACACGGUAUUAGAGCUGUUAUCACCACAGAAGACGGCCGAAAGUUCUUUGACAAAGAAAGCAAUUCUGUUGGACAUUUAGACGUUGAUAACGAUCAUGAUAACCAUACAACUCAGACAAAGAUUAUGCGUACCAUGACUACAUGCCAUUCUUUAAAAAUUGUCAAUGGUGAACUCUUGGGUGACCCUCUUGAUCUCAAAAUGUUUGAAUUCACACAAUGGGAACUGGAAGAGAGUGGAGGAGCCACUUCCAUGGGACUCAAACCUAGGAGUGAAUUGGCUGCAUUGCAAGCUAAAAAGAGCGCCAAAGUGGGCAUUAUGCCUACUGUUGUCCGUCCGCCUGGCGGAAGGCAAGAUAUUGAUUUGCAAACGCCUACACCACCUAUUGAAUUCGGGAUUAUUCACACAUUUGAAUUCGUAUCUGGCCUUAGAAGAAUGAGCGUGAUUGUUCGAAAGUUAGCUAGUCCAAGCAUGGAAAUUUUUGUAAAAGGUGCACCAGAGGUUAUGAAAGAUAUCUGUACUCCUGAAUCAAUGCCUGAAGAUUACCAAGAAAGAUUAAACGAGGUAGAAACUGGUUUGACAUUUUUAGGUUUUAUUGUCUUUGAAAAUAAGCUUAAACCUCGAACGAUUCCGGCCAUUACUACUUUACGCAACGCCAAUAUUCGCCAAAUCAUGUGUACUGGUGAUAAUGUACUUACAGCAGUGAGUGUGGCAAGAGAAUGCGGUCUUAUUGAUCAAUCGGCCGAGAUUUAUAUUCCUCGAUUCCUUAAGGGUUCCUCAACUGAGGCAGAUUCAGAAAUAUAUUGGGAGAGUGUGUUACAAGAGGGCAAUGAAUUAUCUACAUCAACAUUGCAGCCUCGUUCUCGCAUGUUCUCAAAUGACAACCCUUAUGUACAAUUUCAAGAUUAUUAUCUGGCCAUUACAGGAGAAGCUUUUCGUUGGAUGGUCGACCAUGCAGAAAUUGAGUCACUUCAUCGCAUGCUUGUCAAAGGAGCCAUUUAUGCUCGUAUGUCGCCUGAUGAAAAACAAGAGCUUGUUGUUCAGCUUCAGAAUAUUGGGUACUGUGUCGGCUUUUGUGGUGAUGGCGCCAAUGAUUGUGGAGCUUUGAAAGCAGGAGAUAUUGGUAUUUCAUUGUCUGAAGCAGAGGCAUCCGUUGCCGCUCCAUUUACAAGUAAUACAAUGGAUAUUGAAUGUGUGAUUGAUGUGAUAAAUUUGAUUCAGUUUACUUCGGUCACUUUGCUCUAUGCAUUUGGUAGUAACUUAGGAGACUUCCAAUUCUUGUACAUCGAUCUGUUUCUUAUCUUACCCAUCGCUGUUUACAUGGGUUACACUGCUGCAUGGCCAACACUCCAUAAAAAACGUCCCACGGCUAGCCUGGUCUCGAAAAAAGUGUUGACUUCGUUAAUAGGACAAAUAGUCAUUAACUCUAGCUUUCAAGUGAUUGCUUACUGGGCUGUAGAGCAACAAUCAUGGUAA